CUCCGCCGAGCGGGCUGGCGGGCGGCCGUCCGUCCCGAUGCCCGAACCAGGCCCCAGGAUGAACGGCUUCUCCCUCGGCGAGCUGUGCUGGCUCUUCUGCUGCCCGCCCUGCCCCAGCCGCAUCGCCGCCAAGCUCGCCUUCCUGCCUCCCGAGCCCACCUACACCGUGCUGGCCCCGGAGCAGCGCGGGGAGCAGCCCCCGGCCCAGGCUCCGGCACCGCCGCAGCAGCAGCCGCAGCCGCAGCAGCAGCAGCCGUCCGAGGAGGCGGCGGCGGCGGCAGCUGCCGCAGCGCCCGGGGCGUGCAGCCUGCACCUGAGCGAGCGGGCGGACUGGCAGUACUCCCAGCGCGAGCUGGACGCCGUCGAGGUCUUCUUCUCCCGCACCGCCCGCGACAACCGGCUGGGCUGCAUGUUCGUCCGCUGCGCGCCCAGCAGUCGCUACACGCUGCUCUUCUCGCACGGCAACGCCGUGGACCUGGGCCAGAUGUGCAGCUUCUACAUCGGCCUCGGCUCCCGCAUCAACUGCAACAUCUUCUCCUACGACUACUCGGGCUACGGCGUCAGCUCGGGCAAGCCCUCGGAGAAGAACCUCUACGCCGACAUCGACGCCGCCUGGCAGGCCCUGCGAACCCGAUUCUUCUCCAAAAAAGAUCCUACAAGUUUGCAAAUUCCACCAGCAAUGAAUGAAUGUACCUGUUUCUCCACAAUCCCGCCGCAGUAUGGUGUAAGUCCAGAGAAUAUUAUCCUGUAUGGUCAAAGUAUUGGAACUGUCCCUACCGUAGACUUGGCAUCUCGAUAUGAAUGUGCAGCUGUAAUCCUUCAUUCCCCUUUGAUGUCUGGUCUACGAGUGGCUUUUCCUGACACCAGGAAAACAUACUGCUUUGAUGCUUUUCCAAGCAUUGACAAGAUAUCUAAAGUAACCUCUCCUGUUUUGGUAAUUCAUGGUACAGAGGAUGAGGUAAUAGAUUUUUCUCAUGGUCUAGCAAUGUAUGAGCGAUGCCCACGAGCAGUAGAACCCCUCUGGGUAGAAGGGGCAGGGCAUAAUGACAUAGAGCUUUAUGCACAAUAUCUGGAAAGACUAAAACAGUUCAUCUCUCAUGAACUCCCCAAUUCCUGAAGAAGGAUACUUGAUUUUACCUCAUUUACUGUGAAUGGAAGAAUUAUCUGUUUUUGCACAUGCUUUAAACUGGAUAGCUGUAAUGGCUUUAUAACUAUGAAGAAAUGCCCUAUCUUUAGGGUAUUCUAAUCAAAUAUCUGAUGAAAUUUCAGUCUUUUGUAUGUGGAAAUCAGUCUAUAAUGCACAUAAUGUGAUAAACAGCUGUAACUUUUCAGCUUCAUUACCUUGGAGAAAGUGAAAUGAUAGCUGAACAUGGGGACACUUUUCUAGUGCUACAUGAAAUAUCCCACGGUCAGUUUUCUCUUAUGUCUGAUCAUUUAUGAUUCUUUCAUGCAAGACUUUUUUUUUAAUCCAAUGUUCUCAGUAUUUGAAAUACUGCUUUUGUCUAACUACAGCUUCUACUAAAUGGAUUCUUGGCUUUGAUCUAAGGGAGUAGUGUUUAAUUUGUGAAUUUUUUAGCUUUGGUAUUGUAACUGGAAAGUUUAUCAGGAUGAAAUUUUCUCUCUCAAUAAUUCCUAUUAAUGUACUAAUCGUCUUCCCCAAGCAAACCAUUCAAAAGAUUACUUUUUUUCCUAAAAUGUAGGAAAUAACAUGAUGGAGUUAUCACCGACAUAUUUUAUCAACUGUAACUAUAUAAAUAUAACUGGAAUAUUCUUAAAGAAAAAAUAAUGAAACUAAAUGUUUUUUUAAAGUGUAAAUUUAUUACUAGCAAACAGUUUUAAUAUUCAAAUUGUCUGAUUGGUCUGACAAAGAGCCAUAGCAGACUUUCCUUCUGUAAAGCAUUCCUUGUAGACUUUUUAAAAGGAUUGUACAUAUUUGAAUUUACAUUGUGCAUAGAUUCUUAAUUGGUAAUUUUCAUUUAAGUCUAGUUACAACAACAAACUGCAAAAUUCUUGUUUGUAAAUGAUUGAAUACAUUUUGUUAAUAUGUUUUUAUCCCUGUUAUUUUGCUAUUAAAAUUUUUAUAAUAUUUCCAAGAUAAAAAAUAAAUUAUACAUUUAUGUUUUGAUGAAUUUAUGUAAUUAAAAGUUUCACUAAACUAAUCUUAGUUUAGAAGUCAUUUGGUUUUUGACACUGGAAUGGCACAGAAUAUGCAUCAGAAAUGCAAGACAUUUAAAAUUGUUACACUACUCAUAGGUUGGGGGUUGGGAUUUUUUUUUGUUGUUGUAUGUGUUUUUUCCCCAGAUUUAAAAGGCCUUAAAUGUACUGUAAGCAAGCCUCAGAAUGUUGUAAAAUUUGAUUGGGGUUGAUUGCCACUUUGUGUACUGUUGCUUAAUGCAACACAGUGGUUGUAAUGGAAUAAAGGAUGCAUGGAUUAGA